AUGGAAGCAGAUAUUGUGGUUGUUGGUGUUGGAGCAAAGCCUCUAAUUAAUCUAUUCACAGGACAACUCGAAGAGGAUAAAGGUGGAAUCAAGACUGAUGCAUUCUUCAAAACUAGUGUUGAUAAUGUAUACGCGAUAGGUGAUGUUGCUACUUUUCCCAUGAAAAUGUAUGGAGAUAUCAGAAGAGUUGAACAUGUUGACCAUUCCCGCAAAUCCGCAGAACAAGCUGUUAAGGAGCAAGGAAAGGAGAUUGGGGCGUAUGAGUAUUUACCAUAUUCUACUCGCGAUGAUGGUAAAGUGGUGGACGCGUUUCUAGAAGGUGGUACCCCAGAAGAGAAUAAAGCAAUUAGUAACGUUGCAAAAAAGCAACCUACAGCCCCUACUCCUGACUCACUUGCUACUGAAGGUGUCCAGUUUGCAUCGCCCCCGUAGCAGAGCCAUCUCUCGCUACCUUUGUUCAUGUUCCAUCUAACACGAUGCAUUGCAACGAUCUUG